CCAGAGAGGAGUAGUGGAUAUUGCAAAGCCAAUUAUAGAAGAAGAAAUUGCCAAGAACGUAGACAUCAAAGUCCUUUCUUCAGCCAGCACAAAUGGCUUUUGGGUUGCAGACUUUGGCUGCUCAACUGGCCACAACUCUUUUCCAGCCAUGCAAAGCUAUCUACCAAAAACAUGCUGCUUCCUCAGGACUCAUCACUCCCAAAGUCCCUAAAUUUUUCGUGGUCUUUAACGAUGUUAUCACCAAUGAUUUCAAUACCCUUUUCAGUUCCCUUCCACCUCAUAGGAAUUACAAUGCUGUCGGGGUUCCUGGGGACUUCCACGCCCGCCUCUUGCCAGAAUCGUCCUUCCUCUUUGCUUACUCUUCUUGGGCACUCCAGUGGCUUACGCAGGUGCCAAAGGUGGUCGGAGAAAGUGGUUCUCCAGCUUGGAACAAAGGUGAAAUUCUGUACACAAUAGUCAGAGGAAGUUUGUGAAGCCUAUUUGAAUCAGUACGCUAAGGAUAUUGAGGCAUUCUUGGACGCUAGAGAAGUGGAGAUGAUGAGUGGAGGGCUAAUGACCCUUCUAAUUCCUGCAGUUCCUCCUUUUUCGGAAUCCUGAUACAGAAUACACUAUCCCUUCUGAUAUCAACCUUUUGGGAUCUUGCCUUGUGGACAUGGCCAAGAAGGUAACUACUUCAAUAACAAUGUUGUUGCUUAUUUCCUUUCGGUUGUAAAAUUGGGGAAAAUUGCAUUUUUCGUCUCAUAUUUAGAGACUUUUCUAAUUUAGGCCCAUUUAUUAAGAUUUUUUAAUAUUGCAUCCCAUAAGUUAGAAAUUUUCUCAUUUUUAGUUCUCACGUGAACUUUCCGUCCAAUAAUUAAUGUAGAAGUCACGAGGUUGUUAGUUCAAAUACAUGAUGGACUAAUGGUCCCGUGACUUCUCCUUUAAUUAUUUGAUGGAAAAGUCAGGUUAGAACUUAAAAUGAAAAAGUUU